GUUCUUGAUCUCACGCAAAAUGGCACCACGAUCCAAAACAAAGACAGCGCCCCCAGCUGCUGCGCAGCAAAACGAUCAAAGUGCCCCUCUGCCUCUCUCUCUCGGCGGCUCACGUAGUGUACAUGCACCGAGAAGACGCGCAUCGACACAGAAACCUACACACUCAGACGCACACACACACGCGCGCACCCAACGCAGACAGGGGGAGAGAGAGAGCGGAUGACCCAUCCAUCCAUCCAUCCGUCCGUCCGUCCGUCCAUCCAUCCGUGUGUGUGUCGACAUGGCAGGUACGGCGGUGACUGCAGAGAAAACACGGUGACUGCCAUGACGGCCAUGUGCACAUAUCGCCCUGCCCUUCUCAUCAAAAACGAACGAGUCUCUGAGUGUGUCAGUGUUAGUGUGUGUGUGUGUGUGUGUGUGUCUGACCGGCAAGCCAGAGACCACAUCGACGGAUGCAAAGGAGCACGACGCGUCACUCGUCAUUGGAAAAAACGUGCAUUGAAAAAGUGCACCUGUGUCAGUCCGGCUAGAACCUUGUCGGGAUGGUGGCGAAGCGGCCCGCUUGGAUGGCUCCGUCAGGCGUGAGCCACUCCAUGGGCUUCCUGCACACACAUUUGGCCAACAGAGACAGGCCGACCGGCCGAUGUGUAUUCCGCCUGCCGGAAAAUACAGCCGUGCACUGCUCACUUGGUGAAGUAGCUGUCGACCACCUGAAUGAUCCGCUCACCAGCCGCUUCCAGCGGCAUGUUGUAAAUGGCCCCGUAGUCGCCGCCGAAUAUCUCGUAGAUGUGGGCGCUCAUCGGCGAGACCUGCCGCAGCCGCUCCAUGACCUGCGCUUUCUCCUCGUCAGAAGGAACGGUGUUACCGUCCUGCAUGACCGCACACACGCACACACACACAUUCAGACACACGUCCGUCGAUGCCUGUCUGCAUCUGUCAGUGUUCGCCGACGUACCUGGGGCGGGCGGUUGUUGAUGGGAAACUGGAUCGUCGUGCGCUCGACAUCAGUCAGGCCUCUGGUGUGGCUGCUGACCGUGUCAGCAGCUGCAGCAAUGCACAACAAGACAUGGAUGCAGACUCAUAUGCAGUGAAUCACUGUCUGCCGCGGCCCUCACCGUAGUUGUCGAGGCGGUGCAGCCUCUUCUUGUGCAUGAAGUAGUAGUGGUAUCCUCCGUCCGGCCGCAAGGGGCUGCAGUACGGGAACUCAAACAUAGGAUUCAGCUCUGCGAUGCCUAUGUCCUCCUUCUGCUGGGUCAUCUCGCCGUCUUCGGUCUGGAUGAAGCCGCGCGACAGCCAGCGGAGAUAGCGCUUCGCAGCGCUGGCCCCCACAGGCGAGAAGAAGGGCCCGCCCACGACGGCUCCUUGAAGCUUGGCCAUGAAGAAGCGGUUGUCGUAGCCACCGCUCAUGUUGAACGAACUCGAAUGGGCCGCGUGGUCGUGCACGAACUCGGGCUUGAGUUUCCCUGCAUGACACACACACACACACAUUCAAUCAGGGUACACACGCGCCUAUGUUGCCAUCAAGGGCGCACACAUAGGCACGCUGCCCACACCAAUCGCCUGCCUGUCUGUCUGCCUGACCUUCGAGCGCCAGAUUGAUGCGGUACUGGUGGUUGAACUCCUUCUGGCCCUUGAUCACCACUCGCCAGAACCCGACGGGAUGGUGGUCGAUGACGAUCUGACACCCUCGGGUGCUCUCCGCGGCCGCCAUGAGACGCAGCACGAGCGUCGUGUACACAGCAGCGACAACCGUGAGGGUGUGGGCGGUCUCCCCCUCCGUCUGGAGGUAGUGAUGGCACAGGGCGCCCAGCUUGUCGAUGGGAUUCUCCCCCAGUUGCAGGACAGGUGGGCCCAUCCAUUGAGGGGGCUUCAACUUGGGCACGUAGCCUGCCAGAGCCCGCUCGAGCGGCAGGAGGGCGGAGGCGGAGGGCGGGACGUAAGACGACAUGACCACCGGUUGCGUGAUGUGGGACAGAAAAGGAAGGAGCUGCAAGAGGAGGAGCUGGAAGACUGCUUCCGGCUCGCUGCAUGAUGAGUGGUUGCUGUUCGGCUUCCCUUCCGAUUGAAA